AAAUGGUAAUGCUGAUACGCUUAGGUAAAUAAGUGGGCAAGUGGAUCGAUUCUAAGACUUCUUCAUUCAUCUGCAAAUGCAGAUGCAUAACUGUUAGAGUGUUAGAUGUCAACUUUCCACAUGAUUGAUGAACCAUCAGCUCAGGAAUGGCUAUAGAAUAUAUAUACGCUAAUCAAAGAACUACGAUAAAAGAAGCCAAGAUUUUCACUUCAUUAAGUUGGUCUUUGUCAAAGGAAUCUAUAGAGAUUCUAUGCUACCCACCGUUAAAUUGUUUUUCCUUUGGUAUUUUCGUAAUUUACUUGAUUAAAUGCAUUGGAUCAUUAGGCGUUCUCCAUCGAAAAAGAGAGAAAAACUAGUUUACAGAAUCCAGAUAGUGGCGCAGGAAGCCGAAGCCGGUACACACGAAAAUUUUAACGUCGAAGGUAAGCCACAUUUUCAACCGAAAAAUACAAAAACUGUAGAAAAAAAAAAGAACACAAUGAACUGAGGAGAGACACCUGCUGUCCAAGCCGUUAGCAGUUAGCAGUUAGCUACCGCCACACAAUGGACCCAAGUCGAAGUCGAAGUCGAAGUGGAGGUAUCGAGGUAUCUGGUAUGCAACCUGUAGAUAUGCGCUUUAUAAUUGCAUGAACCGCUGCGCCAACUGACCCACUUUAACACCACACUAUACUAUGCCAUAGGACCCCACAGUCCCACAAUAAUGAAGCUUGUCGGCUUCUGUGGGCCCCCAAAAUAGAAAAAUUAAACAAGGUAAAUUAGUUUUAAACAAAUGUAAGCCCGCAUAGGCAAUAAUUUAUGCAAUGGCUUGAAGUCUUUGAACUUUUCGAAAAACCCAACAAGCUUUGCUUGUUUAUCUCGGCACCUAAAAACAAAAAUUUAAAAUUCAAUCUCUAAAAGUUCAGCUUUUCAGAAUGGAUACGCUGCGCCAGAAGAUUUCGGAGCUGUUUAAUAAUGCCAUACCCACAAUGGAUGAAGUUGUACAAAGUCCUAAACAUUUGGAGAAUCCAGAAGCAGUUGAAAUCUUAGCAAAUGAAGAAAAGGAAACACCGAAUCAGGAAACUGGGAAACUUGAAACCACAGAACCCAUAACCUCUGGCGAUAUUCCGGUGCCCGAUACAAAGUUGCAAAAUUUCAAAACUACAAACUAUGAACUGGAAUUUGUUGACUUUGUGGAUAGGAAUGCUCCCAAGGGUUUAUCGAAAAAGUUAAUGGAAAUGUUGCCCUACUUAAAGAUCAGCUUUUUGUCUUGGCCAGCAUUUUGGUUUUGGCGUGGCUACAAUUGGCAGUCUAAACGCAAAACCGAGAGGAUUGGUCUCUAUAUUCAAAGGACCUAUCAGCAAGCCAAACUAAUGCAGCUGGCCAUCCUAGCCACUGGCUUAUUGACAGUAUCAAUGGGACAACCUGCAGGUUUGCCCAUUCAUCUGCAUAAAAUGCAAAACAAUACGACUAAAGAACAUGAUAUUGACGACUUAGAUUAGCAUUUACAGCAGCUUGAAGCAGAAAAUCCAAGGAUCUACAAAAAAGGAAAGAAAUGAAACAUACGAAGAAAAGAUCAACAAGCCACCUCAAACGCAAAAUAUUGGCGAGCAAAUACAACUACUGCUGCAUUCCAAAUCCU